AUGUGUGCCUGGCUCCUUUCGAUCCUUUCCUUGCUGACCGUGGCCUUAGCACGUUUGGGCACCCCCAACGCCAGCAACAGCACCGCGCCGACCGCGCCCGCGAACGGUACCGUGCUGAAGCAGUGGAACAACGACACAAGGUCAGCCUUGGAUCCCUUUGACGACUUUGAUGACUUUGAGUUCAGUGAGCUUGAACUGAACAACACGCGGGCAUACACUGGAUCAAGCUAUGCCGGCUAUGCGGCCUAUGCCACCACGACACGCUACGGCGAUGCCAAAGCGGCGGCCUGCGGAGGAAUGAACACAGGCGCAUUGAUUGGAGGCCUUCCGUAUUAUUCCGUGGCCUCGGCGCAGUCCAUGUGGAAAGGCUGCUGCUGGUGCCAGGGCUCCGGCGGCGGGCGCGGCACCAUGGGCCUCGGAUGCUUCAGCUGCGCCAAGGGACGCUUCCUGCGGACCACCAACGGCGUGGAUUCGCCCAGCAGCGCAUAUCGUUCGGGCUUCGCCUCAAAGGAAAUCGUCGUCGUGGUGGCUGAUUUGUGCCCUCACCAAGGCAAUGAACGCUGGUGCCCGCAGUGGCCCGGACAACGCAAUCAGUAUGGUGCGCACAAUCACUUGGACUUCUCGCAUCCACCACAUGGCAUUGACAACAACAACUUCGUCUUUACGCCGAUUCGAUGCCCUCGCGACCUGCGUCAGAGGUAUCAGCAGAUGUCCAGGUGUCAUCGUUAA